GUAGUUUAGUACUCUUCUACUGUGACUGAAAUUGUUGAGAUUCCACCGGCCAGUACCAAUUUGACCAGAAUUUAGUGAAAUAUUCAAUAUAGCUUUGCCUAGAUGAAGUUGUAGAUAUGCUAACUUUUAACCAAUAGAUCUAACACCAGGAAACAAUCCAGAAAUAAAAUUGUAAUUCUCUGUUCUUAUCGAUUCUGAGAAGUUUCAACCUCAACUGUAGUUUAUUCUCCAUCUCGUGGAACUAAUUAAAAAAUUUCAUUAUUGGAAAAAAAAAAUGGGUUAUCCGACAUUGCAAAUUGUAACUUUACCAAGAUGGUGUUUGAAGAGUUAAAAAAAAAUUCUGUGCUGAGUGAAGAUCUAAUGUAUCAAAGAAGAAAUGUGGUCUUUGAGUUCAAGGAAGCUGCUGAAAUAUGGUAUGUUAGGCUGUUUGGCACUCGGCGGCCUUGCUAGUGUGACUGCUAGUAGGCCCGACGUAGAAAAUGUAGGCCUCGUUAGAUUUGGACGCGCUGCCAAGACGGCAUGUUCUAUUGCGUAUCUGUACAAAGUGAAGCUGAACAUCCCUGACCUGGAUCCAUCCUCAGAAGAAUAUCGUACUUUCAAAUCAAAGAUUCACCUUGAAGGUGCACAACACCUUCUCGACCUUUGCUGCGCAAAUAAAGGUGUUUUUGUCAAAGUAGGCCAACACUUAGGUGCCUUGAACUACCUCCUUCCGGCCGAAUAUACCGACACUCUAAAAGUGUUGCACCAAAGUGCACCGAGUUCCCCUUUAAGUGAGAUAUACCAUGUCAUCAGAGAAGAUCUCAAGCAAGACCCAUUGGAAUUAUUUAGUGAAUUUAGCCCAGAGCCUUUGGGCACAGCAUCAUUGGCGCAAGUGCACAAAGCAAAAAUGAAAGAUGGGCGCUUAGUCGCUGUGAAGGUGCAGCACGGAUACGUUAGAAAAAACACUUUAAUCGACAUGAGAACAAUGGAGGUUCUUGUUGAAAUCGCCUCGUGGGUUUUCCCCGAUUUCAAGUUCAACUGGCUUGUGGCGGAGACAAAGAAGAAUAUCCCGAAAGAACUGAAUUUCAAGCAGGAGGCUGAAAACAUCCGCAAAGUCAAGUCGCUUUAUUCCCAUUUUAACUGGCUGAAGAUUCCUGACGUGUACAACGAUUUGAGCACAGAGCGUGUCCUUGUGAUGGAGUUCGUCGAAGGCGGGAACGUCAACGAUGUUGACUACAUGAGACGUGAGUCAAUUGACUUGUUCGAAGUGUCAGAUAAGCUUGGGAAACUCUAUUCCAGCAUGAUUUUCAAAAAAGGCUUCGUCCAUAGCGACCCCCAUCCCGGGAACAUUCUAGUCAAGAAGGAAGAUGGAACAGUCAAAAUUAUACUUCUCGAUCACGGAUUAUAUGCCGUUGUAAGUGACUUUGUACGACGGGAAUACGCAGGCCUCUGGAUCAGUAUACUUAACAAAGACCAGGAAGGAAUAAAAAAACAUUGUUCAGCUCUUGGGGUUGGAAAUUACUCGGAUUUUUUUGCAUGCAUGGUCACUGCCCGUUCAAAGCAGGCGAUUGAUAGUGGAAUAGUUGAGACAAAAUAUACUGAAAAAGAGAAAGAACUUUUCCAAAGAGGUGUGCCUUUGCUUCUGGCUCAAAUCAUGCAAACUCUUAGUCUUGUCAACAAAGAAAUGUUACUGUUAUUAAAAACUAACGAUUUACUCAGGGGAAUUGAGUAUACAUUGAAAACUGAAAAUAGAAUGUCGUCAUUUUUAAUAAUGUCACGCCAUUGCAUACGAUGUAUCUAUGAAGAUAAUAGAAAGAAAAUAGUGUCCAGGACGUCGAAGCUUCUACUCUAUGGAAAAGAACAAUGGGAUCUUUUCAAAAUAACAUUAUAUUAUUUUUACCUUAGUGUAAAGACGUUAUCAUUGAAGUCAGCUUUACGAAGCUUUGUCUUUGACUAAUUAAAGAUCGAACAAAAAAUAGUCAUUCUGUUACCCAAAGUUUAAUUCUGAAUGCAUAAUAAAGUUAUUUUUUUUUAUUUUUUAUUUUUUUUUAUAGAACAUCAGCUGCUUGUUUUAGAUGUAUCUCGAAUGUAUUUCCUUCCAUUGUGAAAAUCCUAUGGCUCCUGCAUUGUAAUAUAUUUUUUGGAGGAGUUACUCCUCGCUGAGCAAUAAACUUGCAGUGCUAUCAUUUA